UAAAAAUAAAAAAUCUUCUUGCGUUGGCCGAGGGAACCUUUUGGAAAAAGGGUUAGUCUGUUCGAAAUCGGUGUCGUGAAUGAAUUGAAAUAAAAUAAUAUGGCAGAAAGUAAAGGUGUAAUGUUAGCUAAAUCAGUUCAAAAACAUGCAGGACGUGCCAAAGAAAAGAUUUUACACAAUUUGGGAAAAGUCGACCGGACGGCAGAUGAAAUUUUUGACGAUCAUCUGAACAAUUUUACACGUCAACAAAACAGUGCCAAUAAAUUGCAAAAGGAAUUUGGCAAUUACAUACGAUGUGUUCGAGCUAUUCAAGCUGCUUCCAAAUCCUUAAUGGAUGCAAUUUGUGAAGUAUAUGAACCACAUUGGAAUGGAUAUGAUGCCCUGACUGCACAAGCAUCUAGCACAGAGAGUCUAUGGUUGGAUUUCUCUCAUAAAUUGACCGAUCAAGUUCUGAUUCCACUUUGCACGUACACGAAUCAAUUUCCUGAAAUGAAGAAAAAAGUAGAAAAGAGGAAUAGAAAACUCAUUGACUAUGAUGGUCAACGACAUUCGUUCCAAAGUGUGCAAGCUAGUGCCAGCAAACGUAAAGAUGAUGUUAAGAUAACAAAAAGUCGUGAACAAUUAGAGGAGGCUCGUCGAACUUAUGAAAUUCUUAACACGGAAUUACACGAUGAACUGCCGGCUCUAUAUGAUUCCAGAAUAUUGUUUUUGGUUACAAAUUUGCAAACACUUUUCGCAUCAGAACAAGUUUUCCACACUGAAUCGGCGAAGAUAUUUUCGGAAUUAGAAACAAUCGUUGAUAAAUUGGCCACAGAUUCACAACGAGGAAAUAACACACUAAAGAAAUCAACAGCAAAUGCCAUUAAACCCAGCCCAGUGCAAUCACCAGUUAAACAACUAAACAACACAAACGCCAAUAACAGCAGUUACCAAAAUCAAGUAACAACAAAUGGCUCCAGCAAUGCCAACAGUCCAUCAUCCAGUCCUAGCUCACAACUCGAACAAUCAUCACCAAGACUUGAUUCAAUUUCUCCAACGCCAGACACAACUCCAAUCGAGAGUGUAGAUAUCAUCCAGAAAGUCCAAGAACAACGUAUCAGCCUGGCGAGUAGUGGCUCGCCACCAUCAUCGCCAACAAGUUCAGCUCCCCGAUUAUCAGCGGCGACUCCUGGUUCAUUAGAAGUCGAUGAUGAACCAUCUUACCAAAAUACAGAUGAAAUCGUUUCUGUUCGACGUCAAAAUUCAAAUCAAGACCGAUUGAGAGGAAUUAACAACAUUGCUGACAAUCAGCACAAGAUUGACAAUGAAACGCUUAACAGCCCGAAUGCAAAUUCCCCAGCUGCUCCUCCCGCCGCACCCACACAAACAGAUGCGGCGGUGAUUCCAGCUGAUAGCACAACGACAAUUCAACAAAAAAAGAUGAAAAUUACUGAAACAACAACAAAUGACGGUGAGGGUUUGAGGAAAACUACAACAACAACAACGACGACCACAACAACCGACGAGGCAAACAAUGCUGUGAUGAAAACGACGGCGACAACAAAACAAGUCAAUGGAAAUGGAAACAUCCCGAAACAGCAGGACGACAAUGCGGCGGCGAUGGCAUUAGGAGGUAAUGACAAUGGCACACCAAAAACGGAACCAUUUUACGAUGUGCCAUUGGGCGGCGGCGGUUCAGCAACGGAACUUCCACCUGGAGUUUUGUAUCGCGUGAAGGCGACUUACGGAUAUGUCAAAGAAGACGCAGAUGAAUUGAGCUUUGAAAUAGGAGAUAUUAUUCGCGUUAUAGAAUAUGACGAUCCUGAAGAUCAGGAGGAAGGCUGGCUCAUGGGCCAAAAAGAAGGCACACAAGAAAAAGGACUCUUCCCUGCCAAUUUCACACGACCAAUAUAAAAACAAAUUACUGAAGGGCAUAUCACCAGCCAUUUUACCAUCAAAACAGAACAAAACAAAAACAAAAAAAGAGAGUAGUUAAAUUUUAUUUCAAAAUUCUCUCGUUGGCCAGAUUUAUACGAGUGUGUGCUUAUAUUUUGUAGAAGCAAAAAAAAAAGAAAAAAAAAAACGAAUUAAAACAACAAACAAAAAAAAAAUAGAAAAACAAAAACAAAACUAAUUAAAAAAAAAUUGAUAGGAAUCUAAAUUUUUUUAAUUAAAAAAUGAUAAAAAAAAAAAUACAAAAAUGUAAACCUCUUGUUAUUGCGAAUAUAUUUUUUAGUCAAUAUUUUUCCUGUUUUCAGGUUAAAUGUAAGUUGAAAGCUAUAGAGUUCUUUUUUUAGGAUUCAUUUAAAAAAAAAAAGAAUAUAAAAAAAUUUAUUAAUAAAAA